CCAUACACUGGAAUAACAGGGUCUGACCAUGGCACAGACCAGGAGAAGGGUUAAGGCAGAAGGAUAUGAUUGUCUCCGAUUUGGACUAGAAGGAUACUGUGAUUCAAACAUUUUUAUAAUGCCUGCCAAGGGCAGCAAGCCCAAGACACAGAGUACAGGAGCCAAGAAGAAAGGUGGCAAGAAGGGUGCAGGCGGCAAGAAGAAGAAGAAGAAGCAGGAGAAGUCUUCCAAAGCCCAGGCGGAAGUGGAUAUUCUGAGUCCUGCAGCCAUGUUCAACCUGUACUACAUCGCACACAAUGUGCCCUCCGCCCUUGCCUAUCGAGGUUACCCCUGGCCAGGGAGACCCAAAAAGAAGGGAAGGAAAUAAACUGAUUAAAUAAGAAAAUAUAAAGAAAAAUAAACAUCAGUUA